AUGGCCACCAUAGAUACAUCACCAUGUGAGACUCAACUGUUCUGUAGUGAGACUCAACUGUCAUGUAGUGAGACUCAACUGUCCUGUAGUGAGACUCAACUGUCCUGUAGUGAGACUCAACUGUCCUCUAGUGAGACUCAACUGUCCUCUAGUGAGACUCAACUGUCCUCUAGUGAGACUCAACUGUCCUCUAGUGAGACUCAACUGUCCUCUAGUGAGACUCAACUGUCCUCUAGUGAGACUCAACUGUCCUCUAGUGAGACUCAACUGUCCUGUAGUGAGACUCAACUGUCCUCUAGUGAGACUCAACUGUCCUCUAGUGAGACUCAACUGUCAUGUAGUGAGACUCAACUGUCCUGUAGUGAGACUCAACUGUCAUGUAGUGAGACUCAACUGUCCUCUAGUGAGACUCAACUGUCCUGUAGUGAGACUCAACUGUCCUCUAGUGAGACUCAACUGUCCUGUAGUGAGACUCAACUGUCCUGUAGUGAGACUCAACUGUCCUCUAGUGAGACUCAACUGUCCUCUAGUGAGACUCAACUGUCCUCUAGUGAGACUCAACUGUCCUCUAGUGAGACUCAACUGUCCUUUAAUUGA